AUGGCACAUACUCACACUAUGAAUAAUAACACUAAUAAUAACAAUAACAUGAAUUAUAAUAAUAACACUACUAAUAAUAACAACAAUACAAAUGAAUAUCAAUCCAUGAUUGAUAGUAUCAGUGAUAUAGAAAAUGAAACCAGUGUCUAUGUGAGUGAUGGUGCUUUUAUUGAACAAUUAUUGAGUCAACAUAAAGGUCUUCGAGGAGUUGGUGGUUUAUCUUUGAAUGAUCAAAAUCGACAAAAACGAAAAACUUCAGCUCAAAAGUCCACCCAUCCAUCAAACAACAACAACAACAACAACAGUAAUAAUAGCACUAACAGUAUUAGUGACAAAAAAUCAAAAGGAUCCUUCAAAGAUAAAGUCUUUUCAACCAUCAAAAAGGGUUUGGAACAAGUCAAUCAAGCUGCAACAGGUGGUGGUGGUGGAAAUAACACGACUACUACGAACAGCAGUAGUAGUACUAGUAGUAGUAGUAGUACAGGAAAGAGUGUGGUUGAUCAAUCGUCAUCCACACCCACCUCUUCAUUGAAUUCCUCAUCGAAUUCCUCUUCUUCUUCAUUGAAUGAAACAACGACGACGACGACUCACACCUCUAUCAACAAUCAACUUUCCAUUAAUGACACCUAUCAAUUGAUGGUUGUUUUUGAUUUUCAUUUAUUUGCAACUGGAGAUGAAAGUAUUGAAAUUCAUUUUGCCAUGUAUUCAUUGAAUGAAGCUCGUUUUAUUAGUGAGAGUAUUGUCAUUUCAAGUGACAGUGGUAAAAAUAGAAUUUCAUUAUUUCGAGAUAUUACUGGAAGUAAUUUAUUGAAGGAUGAUUUGUAUUUGGUUGGAAGAGCAUUUAGAAAAUAUGAAUUAGGACAUCAGAAUUCUUUGAAUACUUUUGCUUCCUCUAAAAAUCUCUCCAUUCAAAGUAGUAGUAAUUCAAUUUCUCCAAAUAAGGAUGAUUUGGAUAUUGACACAUUGAGAAGACCAUUGGCAGUGUGUGCCAUUCCAUUCGAUUCAGAAAGUAUCAAAGAAUUAGCCAAUGGACACUCUGUAACAAAAUAUUGUGAAUUUUAUGAAAAGAGUCAUGAAAAGAAAUUCACCAUGUUACAUGCAGUCAUUGCCGCUCAAAACAGUGGAAGAAAGCUCAAUGCUAAACCCACGUAUUUAUUAGAGGACGACCAUCCAUUGAGUACGACCAGUAGUACUAGUAGUAAUAACAACUCUUCCACCUUUGCAAGUGACAAUUUAGACAAUGCCAAUGAUGUCAUGGACUUUGCAACCUUACUGUCGGGCAAAGAUUCCUCUUCACUCUCUCGAAAAGGCUCCAUUCACAGUAGUUGUGGUAGUGCGCUGGGUGGAAUGAAUCCAACACUCCUCUCAUUGACCGCCAAUUCUGCAUCUACGGCAGGUAGUUCAAAUUUGGAUAGCCGACAUUCCGCUUUUGGCGGUAGUGGUUCGAAUCUCAGUGUGGCCACUCUGAGUAGUAGUAGCAGUGGCAAUACGAGUAGCACCACCACCAGCCCCAACACGACACUCCCUUCAGCGGCCUCAAAUCACGAUUCAACCUUGGUCCAGAGUGCACCCACCUCACUCUAUACUUACACUUCGAUUGGAAGUGAAUGUAAGGCAUUGAAGGAUCAAUUGAAUGUGAAUUUUGUAUUCUAUAAGGGUGAUUAUGAUGUCAUUAUGAAAGAAGUUCCACAAUUUCAACGUUUAUUCACAGCCAAACCUAUCAAUUGGUUCUCCAUCAACACAAAGAAUGAAGCCAAAACGAAUUACUCCUUUCUAGAGAAUCGAUGUGACAUUUAUCCAUGUUUGGAUCGAGCCACUUUUUCAAGUUCCAUUUUGAAAUCCAAAAAUCCACUCAUUGUGAUGCGAUUAUUUGAAGUGAAAAAUCCACAAACGAAGGAAGGUAAAUUUAUUCCCAUUUAUAGAACAAACACAGGACCUGGUUCGUCGUCUUCGUUCGUGAACAAACGAUCCAAUAGUAUAACCAGUCAGACUGAUUCAUUUCAUUCGAAUUCAUCAAGUGGUUCAAAUUUGGGAGGUAGUUUUUCAUCUAAUGUUGAAUCUUCUUUCACUAGCACCACAUCAUCACCCAAUAACCAUUUCAAUCCUUCUUCUUCUUCAUUCUCUUCUUCUUCUUCUUCUCAACAACAACAAGAUGAAGAGAUUAAUCAUGAACACGACAUGAAUGGUCCUUUCCAUUAUUCAAGUUAUGUCUUUUGCAAAAAAACCAAUCCAAAAUAUUUUGAACCUUUUCACAUUGAUGCUUCACAUGUGGAGAAUUUUGAUCAUCUCUAUUUAUACAUUUAUGUCUAUAAUGUGAAUUACAAGUCAUCAAAAUAUGAAUUAGAGGAACAACCUGUAUUGAUUGGAUAUUACAAAUUCACAGAUCAAGAUUCACUCAUGAAUUUUGAAAAGAUGAAAUUAAUUGAACUCUACAAGACGAAAUCAUCUUUGAGUAGUCCGAGUGGUGACUCAUCAUCCUUAUUGAAUCAUUCAUUCUCCAACAUUAACAAUAACAUUAACCUUAACAACAACAAUAGAAUCAUCACUUCACGAACCAAUGUACUUGCUGUCAUUCCAGAUUUGAAAAUGAGCAAACCAGAAAAGAAUAAUAUCAAAAUGAGUAUCAUCUUUUUCAUUUCCUCCAUUCCACAUUCACACUUGUUACAAAUUCUAUUUUUAUGGAAACAAUUCAUGUUGAAAAAUGUAUCCAUGAUGGAAUUAUUAGAACAAGUGAAAAAGAAAAUUACUUAUAAGGAAUGUGUUCUACAUGCUCACAACUUGUUCAAAUCAUUAUUUUCAAUUUUAGAAUUUUAUGAUGAACAUGAAGAUAUUCGUAACAAAACUCUUGAAAUUCUCUUUUAUUUGAUUGGACAAUACUUUUCAAAGACUGAACAAUUAUUUGAACAAAUUGUGUCAAAAAUUCCAAUCAGUGAAAAGGUCUAUCAAUCCAUUUUGAAACAUUUAAAUGAUCGAUUUCAAGAAUCCAUUACAAGUCUUGAAUCCAUUUUGAAAGAAUUGAAUGUUCCAACCACCACCAUCAGUAGUGCCAAUACCAUCAGUACCAUCAGUACCACUAAUAAUAAUGCAAGUAGUAAUAGUAAUGGUAAUAGUACCAUUACUACGACUAGGACUAGUACUAAUAGUAAUAGUAGUACUAAUAGUAGUAGUACUCAUCGAAGGAAUAGUCUUGGAGGAAGAUCCUCAUCCUCAUCAACAAGUUCUCCUUUAAAUAGCACCAACACCACAUCAGCAACCACAUCAGCAACCAUUCCUGAAUCUCACUACAAAUCUCUCUAUCAUGCCAUUCAAUCCUUCUCUCUGGUCAUGAUUCUUCUCAAAAAGAGACACUUUUCAAAAAAGAAAAAAUCAUUCCUUGUGCCAUCCAAAAAAAGAAAAACAUUUGAAAGAAAUUUCUGA